GGGCGAGGGUGCCGAGACUCCCCCAUCCCCCACCCUUCCCCGCAGGACACCUGCAAGCAGGGGCCUGUGGCAGAGGGUGAGCCCUGCUUCUGGGACCCCAGGUCCUCGCUGCACUCAAGCCCCUGCCAACCCUUCGCCGGGCACAGAGGCACCAGGCAAGCGUUAAGGACAAGGAAGUUGAGGUCGCCCUGCUGUCACCCCGGGCUCUGGCCCGCUGCUGUGCCCCCUGGACAGGCUGGAAGCCUUGGCUGUGGGCAGUGGGGGCUGCAGGAGCUGGUAGUCAAGCUGUGCACCUGCAGCAGCAAGGACAAGUCUCUGUGUGGCUCUGAAUCCAAGCCCUGUGUCCAGCCCUUUGACCCUGGGUCUGCAGCCUUGGCUGACAAGAGCAGCAGUGCAUCCUGGAGCCCUGAGCACCUGGACUUCUUCUCCACCAUGGGAGAUGUACAGGAGGAGGAGGGUGUUCCCCAGCAGCUCAGCAAAAGUAUGGAAGACCUCUGCCUGGACUUGGGGGCCCUUCAGGGCAGUGAAUAUCUCCAGGACCUGGGCCUUGGGGUGCCUGUCCACAGCCAGCCUGAGGGGGCCAAGGACAGUGGCCCCCCUAGCAAAGCAGGAGGAAGAGAUUCGCCCUUCUCCAGUUCUGUGGGGUCCCAGGCCUUGCCUUGGAGGCGGAGCUGGGAGAGGUCCAGGAGCUGCUCAGAGAGCUGCAAGAGGCUCAGCCUUGACUCCUCAGCUGUAAAGGAGGGGCCCUGUCUUGAGCGAACGCUGGCUAGCCUUACUCUGAACCUUCCUGGAGAGGGCCUGCAGGACUGGACUAAAGAGGGUCUGUCGGGGGGCAAGACCCCUGCAGAGCACCCAGGCAAGGCAUGUGGCAGCCUGGAGAAAAGAGCAAGGUCACAGUCGGCUCCUGUGUCCUUUGAUGAGAUCAGUUCCCUGGAAACCUCUCAGGCUCUGGAGGUGCCCACUGCAGCUGUUCAAGGCCUGGAGCCGCCGGCACUGGAGUGUCUGGAAGAGGACCACGUGGAGCCAGAUCACGUGCUGAUGGUCCAGCAGGUGCUGCAAGAACUUCGUCAGUACCAUGGGGCCUGGCAGAGGGCUCGCUUGUCCGUCAGCCCCAGAGGAGACCAUUCAAACCUCACCUGGUUUGAGUUCCUAUCGGAGAGUGAGGAUGGAGCCAGCAAGAUCGAGAGGAGUGACAGGGGCACCACCAGGGUGAAGCGCAGUCUCAGCUCCCUCUGCAAUCGAGUCACCAGGCACAAGGACAAGGGGAAGAGCCUGGCACAUCUAAAGGAAAAGGGCCAGGACGCUCGAGAGAGGAAAGAAUGUGUCGAUGGCCACCAGCUGUCCCGAGGAGCCUUCUUUGGCCACGCCAACUGCCCCCCAUGCAGCAAACCCUUCCUCGGCUCUGCAUCCCUGAAGGAGCAGCCAAGGGCCACCCUCUUGUCCAAUGGCAGCCUGGCCCUGUCCAGGAAUGUCGGCAUGACGGUCUCGCCAAAGGGGGACCCACAGUCAGCACCCAGCCUAGUGGGAACGGGCACGAGACUCGGACCAGUCACAGGAGAGAUGGAUGAAGCCGACUCUGUACUUUUGAAACUUAAGCAGGCGGGUGACGACUCCCUUCCACUCACACCCCCGACUGCUGAGUCCACUUUUCUGGAAGAUUCCUGCACGGCCUCCCUGAGGAGUGAGAUCGAAUCCGACAGCCGUGAGUUUGAGGCCGAGUCGUGGAGCCUCUCUGUGGAGCCCUCGUACGCAAAGGAACAAAAGAAGGAGGUGGUGAAGAGACAAGAUGUGAUUUACGAGCUGAUACAGACGGAGGUGCACCAUGUGCGGACGCUCAAGAUCAUGCUGAAGGUCUACUCCAGGGCCCUGCAGGAGGAGCUGCAGUUCAGCAGUGAGGCCACCAGCCGCCUCUUCCCAUGUGCGGAUGACCUGCUCAAGAUGCACAGCCACUUCCUCUCCCGGCUGAAGGAGCGCCGCCAGGAGUCACUGGAAGAGGGCAGCGACCGGAAUUACGUCAUCCAGGAAGUCGGGGACCUCCUGACGCAGCAGUUUUCAGGUGAAAAUGGAGAGAGAAUGAAAGAAAAGUAUGGUGUCUUCUGCAGUGGUCACAACGAAGCGGUCAGUCAUUACAAGUUGCUGAUGCAGCAAAAUAAGAAGUUUCAAAACUUGAUCAAGAAAAUCGGCAACUUUUCCAUCGUGAGACGGCUUGGCAUGCAGGAAUGCAUCCUUCUGGUCACUCAGCGCCUGACCAAGUACCCCGUGCUGGUGGAGCGCAUCCUCCAGAACACCGCAGCUGGCACCAAGGACUACGAAGACCUGACCCAGGCCCUGACCCUCAUCAGAGACGUCAUCUCGCAAGUGGACACCAAGGUCAGCGAGUGUGAGAAAGGCCAGCGCCUCAGAGAGAUUGCAGGGAAGAUGGACCUGAAGGCGUCCAGCAAGCUCAAGAAUGGGCUGACCUUCCGCAAGGAAGACAUGCUGCAGCGGCAGCUGCACCUGGAGGGCACCCUGUCCUGGAAGACUGCGUCAGGGCGCUUGAAAGACGUCCUUGCUGUCCUUUUGACUGAUGUGCUCUUGCUGCUACAAGAAAAGGAUCAGAAAUACGUCUUUGCUUCUGUGGACUCAAAGCGCCCUGUCAUCUCGCUACAAAAGCUCAUCGUGAGGGAAGUCGCAAAUGAGGAAAAGGCUAUGUUUUUGAUCAGCGCCUCCCUGCAAGGGCCAGAGAUGUACGAGAUCCACACCAGCUCCAAAGAGGAGAGGAACGCCUGGAUGGCCCAGAUCCGCAGAGCCGUGGAGAGCUGUCCAGAUGAGGAGGAAGGGCCCUUCAGUGAGGCCGAAGAGGAGAGGAAGGUGGCCGAGGCCCGAGCUAUGAGGCUGAGGGACUUCCAAGAGCGACUGAGCCUGAAAGACCAGCAGAUUGCACAGAGCCUCCGGGAGAAGCAGCACAUCUACCUGGAGAUGGCCGAGAUGAGUGGGCUGGAAGACGGGGCUCUGUCACGCCACCUCUUCCGGGGAGGGGACCUAUCGGAGAACCUGCAGGGGGAGCUGAUCCUCAAGUCAGCUAUGACUGAGAUUGAGGAUAUCCAGAGCUUGCUCUGUGAGCAGCUGGGCAGCCUCGACAGCCAGGCAGACAACGGGGGUGCCUCCGGGGGCCUGCGCCAGAGGGCAGAUGCCUCCGAAAGCUGCAGCAGCGCCGGUGGUCCCAGCAAGAGUGGCUGUUUGAAGAAGAAGGCAUGUAGCGAUGACUUAAGCCCCCGAGACUGGCAUGACCCUGCCAGCAGUCUGGCUGUGAAGCUCAGCGACACCCCAGGGGCCUCUGAGGAAGCACAGCAGGCGGCGGAGGCACCAACCACUGAGUCUGGGCCCCAUGUGCCCACUGCCCUGGAGUUGGAGCUUGUCCAGAGAAUCCAGACGCUGUCCCAGCUGCUCCUCAGCCUCCAGGUGGUCAUCGCCCAGCAGGACAGUUACGUGGAGAUGCAGAGGGCCACCCUCCAGGAGCGGGAGAAGCAGUUCCGGCUGCAGUCUACACGCGGGAACCUGCUGCUGGAGCAGGAGCGGCAGCGCAACUUCGAGAAGCAACGGGAGGAACUGGCGGGCGUGCAGAAGCUGCAGAGCCAGCUGCGGCUGGAGCAGCGGCGCUGGGAGUGCCAGCGGGAGCAGCAGCAGCAGGAGCUAGACCUGGCCUCCGCCCGGCUGCAGCAACGCGAGAGUGAGGCUACUCGGCUGCAGGAGCAGCUGACCCAGGAGCGUGCUGAGCUGGAGCAGCAGCGCCGGGCCUACCAGCACGACCUAGAACGGCUUCGAGAGGCCCAGCGUGCUGUGGAGCGUGAGCGCGAGCGGCUGGAGCAGCGGGAGCAGCUGCGGAGGCUGAAGAAGCAGAACACAGCGCCUGGGGUGCUGCCGCCUGAGCUGCCUGCAGAGGUCCAGCCCCCAGGCCAUCCCACCAGCUUCAAUGGGGAAGGGGUGGAAGGGCCGGAGCGCCCUGAGGUUGCCCGCAGGGACAGUGCCCCAGCUGAAAGCCGGCUGGCCAAGAGUGACGUGCCUAUCCAGCUGCUCAGUGCCACCAACCAGAUCCAGAGGCAGGCAGCAGUACAGCAGCAGAUCCCCACCAAGCUGGCCGCCUCCUCUAAGGGCGGCAAGGACAAGGGCGGCAAGAGCCGGGCCUCCCAGCGCAAUGAGAGCUCAGCCUCGUUCGACCUGAAGCAGCAGCUGCUCUUCAGCAAGCUCAUGGGCAAGGACGAGAGUGCCUCUCGGGGCCACCGCUCACUGAGCCCUGUCCGGCUUGGAAGCCACAACUCUGCAGCCCACACAGACCUGUCCUCCCAGGCCCUGAGCCCAGCACCAGUCGACAGGUCCCCUGAGCGCUUCUCCUUCUCACCCACGCCACUGCCCCUCACACCUGGCAGCAAGGAAGACGGCAGCAAGGAAGACGUCAUCUUCUUCUAGGGGGUGUGGCUCUGGGUGCAGAGCCCUCCCUGUCCUGUCCCCACCCCACUGUACUCUCUGGCGGGUUGCCAGCUGUCUGUCCCUCCUCACUGCUUAUCACACCACCACGGAUGCCAGGCCUGGCCCUGGGAUCAGGGUCAGGGGCCACUUGUUGUCUGUCUGUAGGCUCUUUCUGCAGAUCAGCAGUGGUGCCUGGGUGACUUUCUGAACCUCUGUAUGCAUAAGAGAACAUGCGGUAAUGGAAGGUUGGGCCAGAGCUGACCCAAGGAGCUGGUUUAGACCCUAGCACCCAUUUUCGGAGGGGGAGAGGAUGCCAGAGGAGUGACAGACAGAUGGGUGGUUCACACGGAGCCUGAUAGACCCUGAGGAGGGGCGGGGCAGUGUCAGCUGGCACUGGCAGAACUAGGGCAGAGAUUUCACGUGUCCGUGGGGAACCAUAAGGCCAGAGCAUGGGUAAGACGAGGGCUGCACACAGCCCAACAGGGACAGAGGGCCACAGGGCAGAGUGGCUGGAAAGGGUGGCCAAUGGCACUCAAGGUGAGUUCUUUUAGGGUCAGACACUCAUUUUGAGAGGGUCUGGCUGUAAUUCAUCUUGAUUUGGUGGAGGUUUUUAAAACCUGUCAAACUCGGUGCUUCCCCGAGGCGCCUCACCCAAGGCAGUGAGGCGCUCCAGACACUCAGCCUGUGGGGCUGGGGCCGCACACACCCGGAAGCCCCGCCCCAGGCACAAGGUCUCCAACCCCUGAUGCGGGCUGGUGUUCCCAGGGCCUCUAGGAGGAAGCCCCCAGGGCUGCAACUGGUGCCCAUGCGCAGAAGCCACUGCGACAGAGCAGCGGGCGGGGCUGCCGAGGGGGGAGACACUGGAGAGAUCACACCUGUCCUGGAGACCUCACGUGGACGGGUGGCCACCUCACAAGGCACCUCCCAUCCAGCACGCUGUUGGCCACCUACCCCUGGAGGAGGCUGGGGUGCCAGUCCAGCCUCAGGGCGGUACCAGUGUCUGAGGGUGGAGAUUGGGUCUGGCCUACGUUCCACUUCUGGCCAAACUAGCUCAGGUGCUGGCACAGGAAAGGAGACGUCAUAUCCUUUUCUGCACUCCUGCCCCCUCCACUGGGCCUGGAGCUGCCUGGGAGCAGCAGCACCACCAGGUCAGUGACACGGCCAGUCAGGGACAAGAAACCGAAAGCUGAAGUUGGCAGUGGUCCUGAGCACAGCCUCCACGGCCCCUUGGAGAACCUCCUCCCCACAGACUUUGCCUCGGGGCCAGCAGCGUCAGCGAGAAGAGUCCUCCUGCCCCUGACACUGCCAGCACUGUCCUGUGCCAUGUCUGUGCUCAGUGUUUGUGUGUUUGUACUGAGGCCAACCAGCACUUUAGAAAAUCCACCUUCGCAUCCUGCCCUUCUGUGAAGAGAACGUUCUUGGGCUUCACAGAGCCAGGGUUCCAGUUCCUGGGAGAGUGAGUCCAAGGAUUCCUCAUGGGCACGUGGCAGGAAGGGGCAUGCCCUGCCUCAGCCAAGGGCUGUCCGGUUGUACCACUCGGCGGGACAGGCCCAGGUCACCUGUGAGGGCCGUGGCCAAGGUGGCCUGUGCGGUCUGCACAGCCCCAGGGACUGUGAUGGCGACUGCAGCAUUUCCUCAGGCAGGAUGUCUCAGAGCCGCCUUAGAACUGAAGACCCAAUUCUA